AUGCAAAGCGGGCGUGUGGUUCAUUUACUCACCAGUUCCUAUUACAGCCUAGUCUUCAGGUUUGUUAUUCUCUGUUCAUGUACAAACUCUAUCAAUCGGUGGUCGAAAGGUCCUGUACCCAAAAGUGGAGCACCUGGCAUCUGGACUGCCAUCUCUAUGAGUAUCUAUGUUCUACCCGUUUCAAAACCUCAGAUUCGACGUUUAUAUUUCAGAAAUCUUUCAACAACGGACAUAGUUGUUAAGUUAAUAAGUACGAAGCCGAAAGUUCUUGAGCUGGCAAGAAAUCGUCUUCGUCUAGAACCUCAAUCGUACCUUUUCAUCGAAGCUAAAUUCUUGUACACUAAUCUCGGCGCCUUUGAUUACAUUCCUCCCAAGCUAAUCGGAUAUGCAAUGCCUGUUUAUUCCCACACUUUACCAAUUAUAGGUAAGUGGCUGAAUACCGAAGGAAUGGAAACGAGUAGACAACUGGCUUUUGAAAUGCAGGUCUUGUUCAGCAGUACUGUGUUCUCAGCUCGAGAUAUAAUAAUCGACCUACCAGGAACAGCAUGCCUUGUGGAAUCUGUUUCACGACCAGUUCCAUCAUCGAAUGGCGACUCUCCUGUCGAUGAAGCUGACGCAGGUUCGCAGAAAUCUACCCCUCCUUAG